AUGAAUUUUAACAGAUAGGAAUUACUUAAUUUGUAAAAUAGAAUAUAUAAUCGUCCUAAGAGAUUAAAUUCUGUAUUUGUAGCACCUACAUUUGAUGAUAUUGGAAUCUUGGCUGAAUUACCAAACAAUAAAGUCUCAAAUUUAGGAUUUAAAUAAUAAAGUGCAUUAAGAACUUAACUCAAAAAAUAUCGAAAUUUAUUUCUAUACGACAAGAAGUUAUUUAGAAACAAAAAAUAAUCAAGAGAAUUCUAAGAAAAUAUUGAAAACAAAGCAUCCAUACAUUAUAAUAAUAGUUCUAAGCAAUCUUCAUUACCACUUUGGGAAGAUGAAAUGAAAAUCACUAAAUUAAGUAUUAUGAAAUCAGAAAUCUUAAGAAAUAAAGUAUCAGAACUCUCAAAACAUGUUAAUAAUUCCUUAACUAAUGGUCUUAGAAGAUUGUCUAACAUUCAUCCAGAACCAAUCCAAUUCAAAAAUAUAGUAGUAUUACCUUCUAUUAGAGGUUGGGACUAUAAUAACCAAAACUCAUAAAGAUCAAACUGA